AAACAACUUGUGGGUGAGUUUCUCAGUGCUAAAAAAAAAACGCGAGCUCCCCGUUCAUCACCAUGUACCUGUUCAAAUUGAAUUUGGGAGUUGAGAGGCAGCUGGCGGCAGCGUUUGUGGCCUCCAUCUCAAUUUUCACCGUUGGGAUGCUCUUAGGCUGGCCGGCUCCUACCCUGAAGCUCCUGCGGCAGCCAGACUCGCCACUUCACCUAACCCCGUCCGAAGAGGCCCUGAUCGUGAACGCCCUCUUCUUUGGCACGUUUCUGGCGCCGUUUCCUUGUGGGGCCCUCAUGGACCACGUGGGCCGCAAGACGUCCAUGCUCACCCUUGCUCUUUUCCCGAUCCUUUCGUGGGCCCUUGUUCACUUCGCCCAGGGCAGUUUUUCCCUGGUGAUCGCUCGUUGCUUGGCAGGGAUCUGCGUGGGUGGCUGGCAGACGUUGGUCCCCGUCUACGUCGCCGAAAUAGCCGAACCCCAAGUUCGAGGCAUCGCUGGAUGCUUCUUCAUGGUAAAUGGGUUUGCUGGGAUGAUCUUCGUCUACAUCGUAGGACCAUUCGUCUCGCUACCAACAAUGGCCAUGAUUGGAGGAAUUUUUCCAGUGACUUUUCUUGUCUUGUUCCUACACUGUCCGGAGUCGCCCUACUACUACAUCAAGCGAGGGCUUCACGCUGAUGCAGGCAAGGCGCUGAGCUGGUUAAGAGGAGGAGCGUCCAUUGAAACUGAGCUAGCCAGUAUCAGGACUUCAAUCGAGAAGGAAGCAAAGGCUGAUAGAGGUCUCGUCAAAAUGUUGCGUUUAAUCACAAAUCCAGCGAAUCGAAGGGCUUUUAUCAUCGUUCAAGGAAUUGCGUGUUUGCAUAGGUCAACUGGAAUACCCUGCAUAGUCGCUUUCUCGACAGUCCUUCUCCCAAGCCACAUCGGAGCCCUCACCAACGACAACUGCACGAUAAUAAUGGGCGUAGCCCUGCUCUCAGCCUCUCUCUGCUGCUCCGCCAUCGUGGACACGGUGGGCAGGAAGCCUCUCCUCUACCUCUCGAGCAUCGGGAUGUUCACCUCGAUGCUCCCGACAGCCGUUUGGUACUACCUCGACCGCGAGACGUCAACGGACGUCAGCGGGGUCAACUGGAUCCCUCUCGCGGGGCUCCUCUGUUUCGCCGUCACGUUUUCCGUCGGCCUCGGUCCGAUCAUGCAAAUCUACGCGGGCGAGAUGUUCCCCACCGAUCUGAAGGGACACGCAUGCGCACUGGCAACGAUGAACCAGGCCGUUUCGGCGGUGAUCGUCACGCAGAUAUUCGUGGCGCUAACCGUGUACGUUGGGUUGUACGCGAAUUUUGUUCUUUUCGCCGCGAUGGCGCUGGUGAAUUUGGGGUUCACGUAUUUUUGCGUGAUAGAGACUAAGGGUAAAACGCUGCAGAUGAUACAGGCUGAGCUGAAUGGUGAGGAGUCGGACAUCCCGGAAAAGGCACCGAACAUCGGGAGCAAUGGACUCUGUCCGUGAUGCGACGCACAGUGGAUCAGAGAGGUCGGACA